GCCGGACACCCGAGAGGAAAAAUACACAGCCAUUUCCCAGUGAGACUGACGGAGCUGCCUUUGCUUUUUUCAUUGAAUUUCAGAAUGGAGUCCUUUUCACUCACAGGACUUUGACUUUUAGUCAUGUGUGUGCGCGCUUGGGAGUGUGUUUGACACGAACAGCUUGGUGCAGUGCAACCAUCUUUCUCAUGGAAACUGAAAUUUGAAACAGAUGAGCAGAGUGGACCUUUGAUUUCAGUAUGAGAAUGAAACAUUCACGGGCCAUGUAGCAAGCUGGGACUGACAUACACAGCCGAAGUCAGGAAUGUGCUGGUGGACAGACAAGCACAGGCAGCAGACAAACUGGUACUCAGGUCUGGGUCUGAGCUGGAGUCUGGGCUGGAGUCUGAGCUGGAGUCUGGGCUGGAGUCUGGGCUCGUGAUCCAGCACUGGAGGACAGCACCACAACAUAGCACAGACUUUACUUGCUUUAGCUUCCCUGUUCCCUGUAAUCAGUUAAUGACUGUUUACCCUGGAAAUGGUGCUGUGUUCUGAUCCUCCGCUGGCAAGUCUGAAAUGUGGCACAGCUUGCUACGAUGCCCUGGUGCUUGUUCUUGGCUGUGGUGCUAGCGUCGUUGGCACAGUACCCAGCUGAGAAAUGUGAGGAGAUCACCGAUCUGGACCUGAAGCACUCCAUCGCUGGUUCUUCUGUCCAAGUGAGGCUUCUUCUGUACACGCGUGCCAACGUUAGCUGUGGCGUUCUGCUGUCCCACGACGACCCCUUCAGCAACCCCGAGUUCAACGUCUCACGGCCUACCACCUUCAUCAUCCACGGAUACCGGCCCACUGGCUCCCCUCCCAUCUGGAUGCACAAGGUGGUGGAGGCCACGCUGAGCCACAAGGACGUCAACGCCGUGGUGGUGGACUGGAACCGAGGAGCCACGCACAUCAUCUACCCGAAGGUCGUGGAGAACACGCGGCUCGUGGCCUCCAACCUGACCGCCUUCCUCCUGAAGAUGCAGCUAAAAGGCAUCUCCCUGAGCUCUGUACACAUGAUCGGGGUGAGUUUAGGAGCUCACAUUUCCGGCUUCACUGGCGCCAGUUUUAACGGCUCCAUCGGCAGAAUUACAGCCCUAGAUCCUGCUGGACCCUCGUUCACAGGGAAGCCAGUGGACGACCGUCUGGACCCAUCAGACGCUCAGUUUGUGGAGGCUCUGCACACGGAUAUGGACGCGUUUGGCUUUCGGAAUCCCCUGGGUCACAUUGACUUCUACGCAAACGGCGGAGCCGACCAGCCGGGCUGUCCCAAGACCAUCUUCUCAGGUUCACAAUAUUUCAAGUGUGACCACCAGAGGUCAGUGUUCCUCUACGUCGCGUCCUUUAACGUGACAUGUCCGCUCAUUGGCUACCCCUGUGCAAGCUACUCAGACUACCUGGAUGGCAAGUGCUUACGCUGUGAUCAGUUCAGUUCAGCAGGGUGCCCAGUAUUUGGGCCCACUUUGAUUAACUGGAAGGAUUUACUGGUUAAACUUGGACAGACGUCAACGUAUUUUACAACAAACAAACAAUCUCCAUUCUGCCAGACCAACUACGAGGUUGACAUUCUGACCUGGAACUCUCAGCCCCGGUGGGGCUCAGUAACCAUCAAGUUACAAAACCCAGCAGAGGAGGCCAUGGCCCAAAUCAACCACAAGUCUUUUAAGUUUGAGAUGUACACGAAGACCACGCUGUUGGCGCGCUUCGACAGAGCCCUACAGCUCGUUGAGACCAUCACACUGACCUACAGCACAGGAAACGUGUGUGCAGCACGUCACAAGCUCCGCGUGCUCCGACUACGCCUCACCCCGCUGGACUCACACCUGAGGCCCAUGUGUCGCUAUGAUGUUCUCCUGAUGGAGAACACGGAGGUGACCUUCAGACCCAUUCCCUGUCAGGACUCCAACUUCUAAGCCAGAAUACAGGAGCCCUGGACCAUGAGUGCACCUGUGUCUGCCAGAACCCUGCUGGCCCGGACCACAUGGACAUAUCUGGAGUCAGUUAUUCCAGAAUCCUGGUAGCAUCUGGCGCAGCUGGCCCAGACCGCAUGGACUCAUCUGGAGUCUUCUUACUUAUCCCAUUCAGGAAAGCAAGGGUGCUUUAACUAAUGUAAACAAAUUCUGGGCAAAAUUUUAAAUACUUCCAUCUUUUUACUGUGAGUGUGGUCUGUUUUACUGGAGGAGUCUGUCCAAGUAGA